AACACACGCCUCGUCAUAUUACUUCAUCUCGAAGGCUUUCUCCUUAAAUAAAAACCCUAAAAAUCUUCACACUCAAUUUUGAUCUCGCCGGAACCCUAAUUUUCAAUUACACCCGCCUCCGUCACGUACCUUCGUCUAAUUAGAUGGCAACAGAACCACUAACAACAGUUUCAGUUGCCAUGACUGUGAAGAAAAUGGACAUGUCAUUAGAUGAUAUUAUUAAAAUGUCCAAGAAUGGGAAUGGUGCUAGUAAAGGGAAGCAGCAAAGAAUUCCAAAUAAGAACCAGAAGUUUUUUAACAAUGGUGUUCAAGAUAAAGCUAUGAAGAUGCGUCGUUUUAUGGACUCGAGGUCUUCCAUGAGACAGGGUGCUCUUGCUCAGAGGAGGUCCAAUUACCAGGGUAACCAAUUCCCUUUCACAGCUGAGGCUGCUAGAAAGGCAGCAAUUGCUCCCAUGAACAAUAGGAACUUCAAUCGGAAUCAGGCAACGACUUCAUAUAAAUCAAGGGCUGUGGCUAAACCAGUUCAAAAUAGAGGUGUCAAUGGAGGCUUUCCUGUUAAGCAGCAGCAGCAGCAAAUGAAGGUGGUGUCAAAGCAGCAGAAGUCUCGAACGUUGGAUUCAUUAUUUGCAAAUAUGAAGGAAGAAAGGAUGAAAAAAGUUGCAUUUCAGCAGAACAAUGGAGGAGGAAGAAGAUUUGGAGCAGGCCAGCAAAGGCCUAGACCUCCAUGGACCAGAUAUAAUAACUGAACCCAAUGGUUACUCUUUCAUGGCAGUUGGGUUGGCUGGAUCUAUUAGGCAUACUGGAAAUUGUUAAUGAAAUAUAGCAUUUGUAUCUGGAAGACGGGAACGAUUGCCUGGAAUCAUCGUGUUCGUGAUUGUUUGAUAUUCAUAUGUCAAAUCAUGUUUUUUCUUUUCAUAAUCGUAGGUGAUUGUGCUUUUCUCUCUAUUGGAUUGAAAGUUAAUGUGUAGAUAUGAAGCCUCUAUCCUACUUGGUUUAGGAGUUCUGUUUACUCUGAA